CCUCAAUCAGACAGUGUUCAGCGAGGUGUGUGCUGCAGUCCGGUUACCCUCAGUAAGUUAUACGCUCUCCGGGCCGGGCCCUCGCCGAUGCUGCAUUAGGAGCCGCCAAUCAGAACCAACAACCAACUCCACACGGACCGCAGCAGCUGAACUGAGCUCACUGACGGAGCGGGCGGUGAACACGUGACUCAACACAGGGACUGAACAUAGUGACUGGAAGCAGCCGUGUGCAGCAGAGAGAGACAUUGUGGUCCUGUAUAAACAUACAGAGAGAGGACAUACAUACACGUUACAUCUCUACAGUGGGACGAAUAGAGAGAGAGAUGUAGCCUAUAGAGUAAUGCUAUACGUGUGAUCCUGUAGGGUGUUUAUAUCACACAGGGAGACUGUAGUCAUUUGUAAAGCAGUUACCAUCACAGUUGGUGAUGUGUGAUAUCGAACUGUGGGAGACAAUUUAGCUGAUGACAUGUUUGUGUUGUCAAAAGUAUCAUGUGUGGGGAUGGAGCCCCGAGUUGAGAGAUAUGGGUACAGGAACAGUAUAAUGACCUGUUUCAGAUGGUUUACUCCGAUGUGUCUGUCUGGCUGAUGUAGAGUAAAUAUAUUGGUUUGUUUGGUGUUGGGAUUCUGGUCUGUGGUUUUCCAUUUGAGUGGUUCUAGCCUGUUGGUUUGUAUCAUUGCUUUGCUCCAUUGAUUUGAUGUUUAGUUAUGUAGUCCUACACAGCAGAGCAGCUCGGUUGGCAGACAGUCAUUUGGCUAAUUGUGUGCUGAUAGUUAGUAGCAACGUUGUAAGACAUUCCAGAUCGACGCUGUGGUGAUGUUAGAUAGAUGGUGUUUUAUCAAAAGACUGCAGCUCUGAAGAAUCGUGUGUGUUGUGUACUGGUAAAACCCCGGCUUUGUUGUGUGUCACUGCAGCCCUAGUUGUGCUCUGCUCUGCUCUGCACUGCUGUGCUCUGCUCUGCUGGUGUUACGACGGCUGUGUUCCUGUGUCACAGAGGAAGCAUUGAUCAGACAGCUACUGAGGCUCAAUACACAAUGAGGCCUGGCCCGAGAUCUCUCCUCCUCCCCACCCCCCUCUCCCUCUCCCUGCGUGCCCUGCUCCUGCUCUGCCUUGCGCCGUGUUGCCAGGCGGUGCAGGCUGAGAAUGUGACAGUGUUGGAGGGAGGCACGGCCCAGAUCUCCUGUCGUCUGCAGAACUAUGACGGCUCCAUUGUGGUUAUCCAGAACCCUCGCAGACAGACCCUCUUCUUCAACGGCACACGAGCGUUGAAGGACGACCGUUUCCAGAUGGUUCUCUUCACUCCCCGCCUGGUGCGCAUCACCCUCACCAACGUGAGCGUGUCGGACGAGGGCGGCUACUUCUGCCAGCUCUACACCGACGACACCCACCACCAAGUGGCCACUCUGUCCGUGUCCGUCCCUCCCGACACCCCCACGGUGGAGGUGAGGCAGGAGGCCGUGGAGGGGGGCGAGGUGGAGCUCACCUGCCUGUCGCCGCGCAGCAAGCCCCCCACCACGCUGCGCUGGAUCAGGGACCGCCGGGAGAUACCAGGUGUGGUGUCCCAGCAGGAAAAUGGGAAGACAGUGAGUGUGUCCAGCACCAUCCGUCUCCCUGUGGAGAGAAAAGACAACGGAGCAGCGGUCAGCUGUGAGGCAUCCCACCCCGCCCUGGGGGGGCAGAAGAGGGUCCGCCACUACCGCCUCGACGUCCACUUUGCCCCCACAGUGAGGAUCAUCCCUCCCCCUGGCAUCCUCCGAGAGGGAGACUCUCUCAGCCUCACCUGUUCCAUCACUGGCAACCCACUGCCUAGGGAUGUCCAGUGGACUAGGAUUAAUGACACCUUACCUGAGAGGGCGGAGAUCUCUGGCACCACCCUCCAGGUGUCCCGUCUCAGCCAAUCACACAACGGGACCUACCUGUGUCAGGCGCAGAACAACUACGGCCGUGCCGCUGACCACUACAUGCUGCUGGUGUACGAGAAUGUGUCUGUCACUACCAUGGUCCUUCCCACCUCCCAUCACGCCACCUCCCAGCCAAUCACCCUCCUCAUAACCCCCAGCUACGCACCGGAACCCCGAGACCCCGGUGCAGUGAUUGAGACCCACAGUGCAGUACCGUACGCUGUGAUAGGGGGCGUCCUGGCUCUGCUGGUCUUCACCAUCAUCUGUGUUCUCAUCAUCACCAUCUGGUGCUCUGUCCGACAGAAAGGCUCAUAUCGUACCCAGGAGCCUAUACUUAAUUGGUACUGACCUAAUUCUAACUGAACUAAUAAUUAAUCACAGGUUCAUAUCUUACCCAUGAGGCCAGUGGGUUGGACGAGCACGGGGAGGUCCAGGAGGCUUUCCUCAAUGGGAAUGAUGCCAGUCAGGGCAAGAAGGAGUACCUACUGUAGCCUCCAUCCCCAAAACCCACACCCCUCCCCCAACACGCCAUGACGGGUGGCCUUCUGAAUCGACUGUAAUACUACUGCACACAGACCACAUUACAGACCACAACAUAAACCACAACACAGACCACAACAGAGACCAAAAGAGAGAUCCGUCCAGCCCUUACAUUACAACUGUGCCAUACUGUAGGUGUACUGGAGGAAGGAGCGAGGGAGGAUGGCAGAGAUAGGGGAAAGUGAUAAUAGGGUCAUUAUUUUGAGAGAGAAGAGAUAACAAGAAAGAAAGCCUCAGCACUUUCCUUCCCUGUGGUAAUUGUAGAGGGAGGGAGAAAGAGAGAGGAAAGAGAGAGAUAAAAUGUGGUUGGGUCGGUAUGGUUUCCAGAAGCUAUUGAGUUUGAAUGUUAAAUUUGAUUACUUGAAAUUGCCAAAGCACAUCAGCCAACAGAGAGCAACUCAUCUAUAAUUAUUUGAAAACAUUGCAGUGUUACCCUGAAAGUCUCAUAAAGUAUAUCUGAACUGUUCAGUCAAUUCUGCAGACGUUCCAGGUAUUGUAUUUGCCGUCCGUUCUGGGGAGUCUGCCAAUGUUUUCUGGGUAAUUUAGAAACCUUCCUGUUAUGAAUGACUGCUUUCCUCGCAGAACAGAACUGUUGUUUCUCUUCUUUGAAUUGUCUCUCCCUCCCUCCCUCUCUCUUCACCUCUCUUUCUAGUCCUCUU